GAGAAAAAAGACGGAUUAAAGAACCGGUGGUCGCGAAGAGGUUUUUACUGUUCCACAGUCUUGACGGUUUUUGAUUGCAAGGAGUGUGUUACAACUAUGGAGCUAGUGACUUUGAGAGAAAAUCUGCAACAAUUGAUCAGAGUCGUUAAAUGCUUAGAAAAGAAAUCAAAUGAGGGCAAAAUUAUCCAUAAUGAAAUAUACCAGUUCAUCAUGUAUCUCUUGCCAGACAUCAGUUUCAUAGCUCCUACGUGCACUCAUUCAGAUUUCUGUGAAUGCAAGAUUGUGCCAAAAGAUGACCACGUUCAGGUUCUCCACUGUCAGCCAUUGUACAUUGCCAUAGUGCUUGAAGAGCUCAAAUACCUGAUCACAGCUGAGACUUUCGCCUUUAAAAUUUUCAGUAGUGUUGAACAGCAGUCACUGCGAACAGUCGACACCUCUGGUAAUAAAAGUUUGUCAAAUUCAUCGAAAAGUAGAAUCACAGGAAGAUUCCAUCACCUGGACCACCUUUUGAAAGCCUUAAUAAAAGUCUCUGGACUAUUUAUUUUGACCAGCAGAGAGGCAUCUCCUGGAAAAGCUUCACCAAAAGAAGACCAGAAAGCAUCUUCUCCUUUGUUGACAGUCACAAUUGGAAAUCCAUGCUAUUCAAGGAAAUCAAUGAAGAGGUAG